AUGGUCACUAUCACAGCUGAACUGACUGCCUCAGAUUCACCUCUGACGAUCCAACAGACAACCGGAAAAAUCACAACCUUUCCCAUUGCUGAGGCGGUAACAACAAAGAGGCUUGUUUUCAAAAGCGUUCAACAGAAGUUCACAGCUGAUUUGGAGGAUUCUACAUCUGAGGGAUUCAUUAACCGAGCUAAACUCAUCAAGACGACACUUUCCAGGCACCAACAACAGCAACAACUGUUGAAGCAGCUGCGUCAACAACCCUUGCCACUCAAAGACAAAUACUACUACAACAACCCCAUCUUCCCAGAAAACAACUUCCCCUACUACCAGUACAACCACCCCAAAAACAACUACUACAGCUACUACAACUACCACAACGAAAGUCCCUCCACCAGUUGGAUUGUUUUUUUUAAACUAUAUUUUUUUCCACAGUUUGAGAUUAUCUACAGAGCUAGAUUUGGUCCUUUAUUCUUCCGCUGUUUUGUCAUUGAAUUUCGGUCGUCUGCAGUCAGAGCAAGAGCGAAUUUCACUCAAGCUGUAGUUGGGGUUGAGUUCAGAAGUAAUCUGACAUCUACUGAAGUACCAACAAGUCAAGCUGUUGAGGCAACUUUAAUCCAGGCGGCAAAUUCCAGUGUUUCCUACAAUGUCAGUUUACAAAUUGACUCAAUUCAAGUAAUAGGUGAGCCCACGAUAAUUACAACUCCAGCCCCCACUUUAAAUUCCACAAACACUGGCAAUGUGACUACCACUACAACAAGCACAAUAAAAACAACAGUGCUUACCUCUAAACCCACAACAGCACCAACUACUACUACGACUACUACUACGACUACUACUACUACUACAACUACUGCUGCCACUACUAAAGGAGUAAAAAUAAAACAGUUGAUUUUCAGAUCAGUUGGUGAGACAUUCACCACUGAUUUGCUGAACACCUCAUCUCCAGGCUUUAAACGACGAGCUUUAUUAAUAAAAACUACGCUUGAACCAUACUAUCAGCGAGCAUUUACAUCAUUCCUUUCCAUUACGGUGACAUCCUUCAGAAAUGGAUCCAUCUUUAACACCAUGGACCUUCGUUUUGUAUCUACAUCUGUUCCCGCCGACUUUGAAGUCGCUUCUGUUCUGAUGAAGGCAGCUCCCAACAUCACUGCCUUCAACAUUGACAUGAACUCCAUAACUGUGGAUGGCACAGAGUUCUCUAAUGGAGUAAGCCAGAAGAUCAGUCUUAUCACUGCAUUCUGCAUGGUUCUGACGUCGUGGCUACUAUCAAGUCAGCAAUGGCAUCUCUGCUGA